ACCAAACCAGCUUGAGAAAAUAUGUCACGACACAACUUAAAAUAGAACCAAAAGAGCAAACACUUAAACAAGACCUUGUUUUGUCCUCUCUUUUUUCCUACGAUCUUUAAGUUGUAUUCAAUGAAGAAGAGCUUAAAGAUGGGUUUCUUGAAGAUCUUCUUCAUCUCUUUAAUGGUUGCAUUAGCCAUGAAACGAUAUGAGAUCAACUUAGAUGAUCUCCAAAACCUCUUCUUCCACCAUAUGGAGAACAACCUUCAAACCAUAAGCCUUCUCUCGUUUCUUAUCGGUUUAGUGUGGAUCCUUUACAUGUUUACCCGACCUAAACCUGUUUACCUUGUUGACUUCUCUUGCUACCUUCCACCGUCACAUCUCAAGGUCAGUAUCCAAACUCUAAUGGGAUACGCGAGACGUGCAAGAGAAGCAGGCAUGUGUUGGAAGAACAAAGAGAGCGACUAUUUAAUUGACUUCCAAGCGAAGAUUCUUGAACGUUCCGGUCUUGGUCAAGAAACAUACAUACCAGAAGGCUUUCAGUGUUUUCCUCUUGAGCAAGGCUUGGGGGCUUCACGUAAAGAGACGGGAGAAGUAAUAUUCGGAGCUCUUGACAAUCUUUUUCGCAACACCGGUGUGAAGCCUGAUGAUAUAGGUAUCUUGGUGGUGAAUUCUAGCACGUUUAAUCCAACUCCAUCACUUGCUUCCAUGAUUGUGAACAAGUACAAACUUAGAGAUAACAUCAAGAGUUUGAAUCUUGGAGGUAUGGGUUGUAGUGCUGGAGUUAUAGCUGUUGAUGCAGCUAAGGGGUUACUACAAGUUCAUAGGAACACUUAUGCUAUUGUAGUAAGUACAGAGAACAUCACUCAGAACUUGUACUUGGGGAAAAACAAAUCAAUGCUAGUCACAAACUGCUUGUUCCGGCUUGGUGGUGCCGCGGUUCUGCUUUCCAACAGAUCUAAAGACCGUGCACGCGCGAAAUACCAGCUUGUUCACACGGUACGGAUCCAUACCGGAUCUGAUGAUAGGUCCUUCGAGUGUGCAACACAAGAAGAAGAUGAAGAUGGCAUAAUUGGAGUUACCUUGACAAAGAAUUUACCUAUGGUGGCUGCAAGGACUCUAAAGAUCAAUAUUGCAACUUUAGGUCCUCUUGUUCUUCCAUUGAAAGAGAAGCUUGCCUUCUUUAUUACUUUUAUCAAAAAGAAGUAUUUCAAGCCAGAGUUGAAGAACUAUACACCAGACUUUAGGCUUGCCUUUGAGCAUUUCUGUAUCCAUGCUGGUGGAAGAGCUCUAAUAGAUGAGCUAGAGAAGAAUCUUAAGCUUUCUCCAUUACACGUUGAGGCAUCAAGAAUGACACUACACAGGUUUGGUAAUACUUCUUCAAGCUCAAUUUGGUAUGAGUUAGCUUAUACAGAAGCUAAAGGAAGGAUGAAGGAAGGAGAUAGGAUUUGGCAGAUUGCUUUGGGGUCAGGUUUUAAGUGUAAUAGUUCAGUUUGGGUGGCUCUUCGAGAUGUUAAGCCUUCAGCAAACAGUCCAUGGGAAGAUUGUAUGGAUAGAUACCCGGUGGAGAUUGAUAUUUGAGUUUAUGGUUAAGCCCUUAUUGCUAGUAGUACACUAAACUAUCUUAUCUUGUUUAUUAUUAUUGAGAUUUUGUUAACUUAUGUUUGUUCUUUAAAGAGUUUUGUAUUGAAUGUAUGUUGCUGUCUCUGUUUGCUUUGUUUUGGUACUUAUUUAAAGUAAGAAAUGGUGGA